GUAGGCAUCAUCGGCGCCGGCCUGGGCGGUCUCGCCUGCGCCAUAGCCAUCCGCAUCCACAGCAACGAGACCAUCAAGGUGACGGUCCUCGAGGCCGCCCAGGAGCUGGGCGAAAUCGGCGCCGGCAUCCAGAUGACCCCCAACGUGGCGCGCCUGCUGGUCCGCUGGGGCGUGGCAGAUGUCAUCGGGCCCAACCUGGUCUCCUUUGACCGGCUCAACGUGCGCCGCAAGGAAGGGCGCAUCGUGGGCGGGACGAGUGUUCCUGGGGCAGGAGGCCCGGAGAGGUGGGCUGGGGCACCCUGGUGGCUUGUUCAUCGGAUGCACCUCCACGAUGGGCUGGUGAAGGUGGGCAGGGAGCGCGGGGUGGUGCUGGUGACUGGGGCGAGGGUGGCAGAGAUCAAGGCAGAGAAGGAGGAGGACGACGACAGAGGUGCUAGUAGAGAGUGGGCGUUUGAUCUCGUCAUCGGCGCGGACGGCCUGAACUCGGUGACGAGGCAGACGAUCCUGCCCUCUGUGAAGCCCUUUGCGCCGACCAACAACGCUGCGUACAGGGCCAUUGUCCCCGUCAAAUCGGUGCAGAGCGAUCCCCUGACGCGGGACCUCGUCGCAAAGCCCGAGAUGGACGUGUGGAUGGGCGCGGCCGAGGGAAAAGAGCACGGCUACGUGAUCGCGUACCAGAUCAGCGCGGGCAGCGUGUACAACCUCGUCUUCUCCCACCACAGGACCUACCCCGUCACAGACGUCGAGGACGCCUCUCUGGGCGAGGUGCGGGCGACGUACAAGGACUACGACCCUCGGCUCCAGAGGGUGCUCGACAUGGUGGCCCCUGGGUCGAUCCGCCGCUGGCCGCUCCUCGUCACGCGGUGCCCGACGACGUGGUCCUCGCCGCAGAAGAACGUGACCCUGCUGGGCGACGCGGCGCACUCCAUGGUCAACCACCUCGCCCAGGGCGCCGCCACGGCCAUGGAGGACGGGGCGUUUCUUGGGGUCGUGCUGCGGGAGGUGGCCAAGGGGACGAUCGCGCUGCGGGACGCCGUGGCUGGGUAUGAGCGGGCGAGGAUGCCGCUGGCGGAUCUGAAGCAGCAAAAGUCGUUUGUCAUGGGGCUGAUUUAUCAUCUGGAGGAGGGGAGUGCGGAACAGGCGGCGCGGGAUCGCCAGAUGGAAGGGGAGUUGAAGGGGGUGCAGCCUAUUCGGACGCCGGACUUGCAUGCUGACCCUCUGGUGUGGAGGACCAUCUUUGGUAAGUCAUGUUGUAUUCUCUGCAAUCUUGUCUCUUCUUUUGUUUUAUUUUUUCUUCUUUUUCUCUCUCUGUUUGUCUGUCUGUUUGUUUCCUGUGACGAACAUGGGAGAAUCGAACCGUGA